AUGGCGAAAGGGCCAAUUGAGCCACUCGUGAUGUUUGCUGGCAGGACCUUUAGUGCUGAGAGCCGACAACAUCGACAAAACCAACAAUUGUCAAGACAGAUAGCAUCUUCCACUUGCUGUGGGAUGAUGAUUCCGACACCUGGUAUCACGCAAGGCGCAAGUGAAACUUCUACAAUGUCUUAUCUAACAUACAACAUGGAUACUUCAUCUGGUGCCGGCUUGGUUCCACGGAGUGCCAAUAGUGGUACCUCGCUGCAAGGGGGAGCUCCUGAUGAGCAUGUGAACACAAUGUUGUCUCAGGGGAUACUCCCUACACAACAUGGUCGGCCUAGAGCGUCCAACGACAACCUCGUAAUAAACACAGUAGACACACCUGAAACCAACAAACUCUUGCCUAAGGUGACUCAGGCAUGCCCUGCACCUUCGAAGGAUCUCCCAAAGGAACCAAAGUUCAGCUGCCCAGUCUGCAUGAACGAGUUGGUCGAUGCGUCGUCGACUAUCUGCGGCCACAUCUUCUGUCAGAAGUGCAUCGAGGCCUCCAUCCAGGCUCAGAGCAAGUGCCCUACCUGCUGUAGGAUGCUGACCGUGAACAGUUUUCACCGUAUCUACCUCCCAACCAUGGACUGA